AUGUCUCGGCUGGAGGAGGCUGCGGCAAAGACUCUGGACAAGGCUGCAGCGAAGACUCUGGACGAGGCUGCAGCAAAGACUCUGGACGAGGCUGCAGCGGAGACUGGACGAGGCUGCAGCGGAGACUCUGGACGAGGCUGCAGCGGAGACUCCAAAGACGAGGACACUGGAGACUCUGAAGACGAGGACACUGGUGACUCUGAAGAUGAGGACAGUGGAGACUCUGAAGACGAGGACACUGGAGACUCUGAAGACGAACACCCUGCAGGCGUAGACCCUGCAGGCAUGACUCCGGAGGUGGAGCCUCUAGGACAGGCAGGACUGGAGCAUCUUGGAGAGGCUGGACCGGAAGAUGUAGAUCCAGAGGAGAUCUGGAGAUAG